AUGGCUUCUUCUUCAUCAUCAUGUACCAUAGUUUUUGUAGUAGCUCUCGUCCUAGCUAUCCUCUGCCUCUUUGGUUUCCAAAUAAUCCCACACAGGGGUACGGAUAUGCAGAAUGAUUUGUACUUGGAUUACCGGCGUCUAGUUUGGUCAGCUAACCGGAAACAUCCUGUCACAGUUAAUCCAACGGUGGAACUCAGGCGAGAUGGAGGGUUGUUUUUUGGAAAUUAUUAUUCAAAAGUGUCCUGUUUAUUUCUAAAUGAAGUUCUCUCCCGUGUGAGCUUGGAAAAUCGGCACAGUCAUCCAACGACUCUGAAUGUCAAAAAGCUUUUACUGGCGAUUAUUGGUGCUUCCAUGGCUGUGGUUUUAACAAUCGCCAUUUAUUUUAUAAUGCUUAGAAACAAAACAGUUGAGCCGGAAGAGGAGGAUGAAGAACUUUUGGAUGGUUUGUUGGGGUUCUCUUUUCAAGACUUGAGUGCUAUGACAGAAAAUUUCAGUAGGAAGCUAGGGGAAGGAGGCUUUAGUUCUGUAUUUGAAGGUGUAUUGCCGGAUGGCACGAAAAUUGCAGUAAAGUGUCUCAGAGGAUCAGAUGAAAUCAAUAAUUCAUUUCUGGCUGAAAUGGAGACAAUAGGAAGUAUCCACCAUGUGACGAAUCUGGUGAAAUUAAUUGGAUUCUGUGAUGAAAAGUCACAUAGGCUUCUGGUGUAUGAACACAUGGCAAAUGGUUCUUUAGAUAGAUGGAUUUUUAAUGAGAACCAAGAAUAUGGUCUGACUUGGCAUGCCAAAAAGAGAAUCAUGUUAGACAUUGCCAAAGGGUUAGCAUAUCUUCACGAAGAUUGCGACCGCAAGAUCAUUCACUUGGACAUCAAACCUCAGAACAUCCUCUUAGAUCAAAAUUUCAAUGCAAAAGUUGCAGACUUUGGAUUGUCAAAGCUGGUAGAAAAAGACCAGAGCAAAGUUGUCACAAAAAUUAGAGGAACUCCGGGUUACAUAGCCCCGGAGUGGGCGAGCUUGGUUAUAACAGAGAAAGUAGAUGUUUACAGUUUCGGGAUCGUGAUGUUAGAAAUCAUUUGCGAGCGAAAGAAUUUGGACUGGGAUGAGGCCGAGGAAGAAGUGCCCUUGCUGAGUGUGUUCAAGAGAAAAAUAGAUGAAGAUAAAGUUGGUGAGAUGUUUGAUAUGUACUGUAAAGAUUUGGAAGUUGAGAAAGAAGAAGCAAUUGAAAUGAUGAGGAUUGCUGGUUGGUGCUUACAGAGUGAUUUCACAAAAAGGCCAUCCAUGUCAAUGGUGGUUAAGGCAUUACAAGGUUUUGCAGCUGUUGAAACCAAGUUAGACUACAACUUCAGUUAUAUACCCAUUCCAAGAAACACCAUUAUCAGCAGCGCAAUAUUAAUGCCAUCAGUUUAUAUACCCAUUCCAAGAAACACCAUCAUCAGCAGCGCAGUAUUAUUUCCAUCAAUUUUAUAUACCCAUUCCAAGAAACACCAUAUCAGCAGCGUAGUAUUAUUUCCAUCAGUUUUAUCCGGGCCGAGAUAA